AUCAAUGCAACGCAACCAUGUGACUAUUUAGAAUGGAUUGAUUUCAAAGAAUUUGAAUUGAUAAAGUUCGUCGCGGAAGGAGGUUAUGGUACGGUUUAUAAGGCUGAUUGGUUAAGAGGGCCUUGUUGGCAUUGGGAUGAAGCUGAUCAGUUAUGGUGUCGCAAUGGCCCGAUGACUGUUGCUUUAAAAAGACUUAAAAACUCUCAAAAUAUUUCUUCGGAUUUCUUAGAUCAGGUAAAACGGCAUUAUCGUUGUUUGCAAAGCGGUUCUCUCGCUGAUUGCUUUGGAAUAACUCGAGAUGAUACCGGUGGAUACAUGUUCGUAAUGAGGUUCUAUGAUAAUGGAAACUUGUACCAGUAUCUCGAUAAAUCCAAUGGUAUUAUCAGUUGGAGAGACAUGGUAGACAUGCUCUGGGGUGUCGCAGGGGGGCUUGACAGGAUUCACUCUGAGGGCCUUUAUCACACAAAUCUUCAUGGUGGAAACCUCCUCAUUGAGGACGAGUCCGUAUCUACAGAUGCUCGCAUUGCUGAUAUUGGACUUCAUGGUCCAGUGAAUGAGUCAAGGUCUUCUCAAAUUUAUGGUGUUUUGCCAUAUAUUGCUCCUGAGAUCUUACGCGGUGAAGCGCCGUGUCCGGCUUCAGAUAUAUAUUCUUUCGGCAUAAUAAUGUGCACGCUUGCAACUGGAAGGAGACCAUGGUCAGAUCGUCCACACGACUCUAAUCUUGCUAAAGAAAUCUGCCUAAAAAAUUUGCGUCCAAAUAUUGACGACGUGAUUGAUGAAAUGCCACAAGAAUACUAUACGAUGAUGACACAAUGCUGGGAUCCAAAUCCUUUGAAACGACCAACCGCCUCGAAAUUAAACGAAAUGUUAG